ACUAUCUACUCACCAACACCCAUUCACCACAGGUGAAAUCUAAACACUCCUCUGUUGUUUCAUCUUCUUUCCAGGACGUUGGUUGAUAUGGCCAUGGCAAGGUCCCUUCUCGUCAUGGCAAUGCUUCUCCUCGCCAUCUUAUUGGUUGAAUCCAAGGUGUUGGCUCAAGGAAUGGAUCAAGUUGAGGGGGAGUACCACUUAGACAGAGCCGGUUAUGGACCGGGCAGUCUGAGGAUCAACCAAUGCCCAACACAAUGCUCGAGGCGAUGCCAAAAAACACAGUACAGGAAGCCGUGCCUGUUCUUCUGCAACAAGUGCUGCAGGAAGUGCCUGUGCGUGCCCCCGGGGUAUUAUGGGAACAAAGGUGUUUGCCCCUGCUACAACAACUGGAAGACUAAGGAAGGAGGACCAAAAUGCCCUUGAGAUAUCUGCAUUUUCCUACUUAUAAUCUUUGCAUUUUCUUUACAUGUUGCUGGCUUCUUACUACUAAGCCUUGUAUCGUUCGUGUUCUGUCGCUCCUUCGGGUCUAUUAGGUAUUACUCGAAUGGGAGUGUGUCAUUUUCUUGAUGUCAAAUCUCCUUUGACUAUAAUAACCUUGCUAUGCAUUACUAUAUCUCUGUAUCCGUAUCAUUAUCCUUUUCUUA